UUUAUUUUUAACCACCUACCGUCAAUUGUGUUAUUUGUUUAAUUCAACAAUAAACGUUAUAAUUCAUUCUGGCAUCAAUAUACCGCCAACGCGCAUUUUGGCUCACAUCUUGCAUUGCUGCCUAGCAACUAACCGUAGCUGCUGCGAGGCGCCGGCACGGCUUACUGCGCAUGCGCGGAAAUGUAAGCGUGACCUCGUUACGUAUGCGUGCUACCCAGACGCAAACGCGCGCGGUUGUUUCGUUCCGGUGAUUCGUCUGGAAGUGUGUUUCCGGCCGGCUCUCGAGCAGUGACAUGGCCUUUAACUUUGGAGCCAGUACGGGGACCGCGACCAACCCGGGUACGACUGGAUUCUCGCUGGGGACUUUUACUCCCAAAACAACCACCUCGGGCCUCGGUUUUGGUACGGCCACCACUACUGCGGCAACUGGUUUUGGAGCGUCGGGUGGUUUUGGAGGAUUUGGGAACACAGCUACGACAACAGCUUCUGGGUCUGCGUUUAACUUUUCUACUCCUUCAAAUACUGGCACUACAGGACUGUUUGGUGCCACUCAAAACAAAGGUUUUGGGUUUGGAACUGGGUUUGGAGCUACUGCCCCAAGUACAGGUCUGGGUACUGGCUUAGGAACAGGUCUUGGCUUUGGUGCAUUCAACACCCAGCAGCAGCAGCAGCAUCAGCAGCAGCAAACUGGACUUGGUAGUGGUCUGUUUGGUCAGCCUGUUCAAAAUGUUCAAGCAAAUGCCCAGUCCAACCAGCUGAUAAACACGGCGAGUGCUCUUUCUGCACCAACUCUGCUUGGAGAUGAAAGAGAUGCGAUCUUGGCGAAAUGGAAUCAGCUUCAGGCGUUUUGGGGAACUGGGAAAGGUUAUUUCAACAACAGCAUUCCUCCAGUUGAAUUCACCCAAGAAAACCCAUUUUGUAGAUUUAAGGCUGUAGGUUACAGUUUCAUACCCAAUAACAAGGAUGAAGAUGGCCUGGUAGCACUGGUGUUUAACAAAAAGGAAUCUGACGUAAGGGGCCAGCAGCAACAGCUGGUGGAAAGUCUGCACAAAGUCCUUGGAUCAAACCAAACACUGACUGUGAAUGUGGAAGGUGUUAAAGCAAUGCCCGAUGACCAGACCGAGGUGGUGGUCUAUGUUGUUGAGCGAUCUCCAAAUGGCACCUCCAGGCGGGUUCCGGCCACAACUUUGUACAAUUAUUUUGAGCAAGCCAAUAUCAAGGGAAACCUGCAGCAACUGGGAGUCACUCUUGCCGUUGCAAGGACAGAGCUUUCCCCAGCGCAAAUAAAACAGCUCCUACAGACCCCACCUGCAGGUGUUGAUCCAAUCAUUUGGGAACAAGCUAAAGUAGAUAACCCAGAUCCUGAGAGACUGAUCCCUGUACCCAUGGUUGGCUUCAAGGAACUUCUGCGUAGACUUAAAGUUCAAGACAAAAUGACUAAACAGCACCAGUCCAGAUUAGAUAUAAUAUCAGAAGACAUAAGUGAGCUACAGAAAAACCAAGCUACGACAAUGGCUAAAAUUGCACAGUACAAAAGAAAGUUAAUGGAAUUAUCUCACAGAGUUCUCCAGGUUUUAAUAAAGCAAGAAAUUCAGCGCAAGAGUGGGUUUGCUAUCCAAGCUGAAGAGGAACAUCUACGUGUUCAGCUGGACACAAUUCAAUCUGAACUUAAUGCACCUACUCAGUUCAAGGGUCGACUUAAUGAGCUUAUGUCACAGAUCAGAAUGCAGAAUCACUUUGGAGCAGUUAGAUCGGAAGAAAAAUAUUACGUAGAUGGUGAUCUUCUGAGGGAAAUCAAACAACAUUUAAAGCAACAACAAGAAGGACUGAGCCACCUAAUUGGCAUAAUCCGAGAUGACCUGGAAGACUUAAAGCUCGUUGAACAGGGACUCACUGAUAAUGUUCACAUCCGAGGGGGAAUGCUAAGCAGCCAAAACACAGCAAGUUCGUUUUUUUAGAGGCCCUGGUUCUAUGACAACUUUACUGCAUAUCGAGCAACACGUACUACACAGAUAUGACCAAAAUAAAAGCAAGUCAACGGAUAAUGCACUUGUUUUGCUGUUAAACAGUAGAUUUACAGCAUUACUUGAUGCCGCUAUAUACAGAAUACUACAGUUUGACAGUCCUGGGUUUUUAUUGAAAAGAUUCUUUGGUUUCUAGAACACUCUAAACCAGCUGGAAUAAACUCAUGGAAUAGUUUGUGAAACAUCAAUUGCAUAAACUGCGGAUUUAGUGAAUGUAAAGUUCUGAUUUAAAAGACUUUUCGUCUCGGUGGUUUGUGUGUGAAAUGGGGGGAUAUCAUGAUAUAUGGUAUUUUGCAAGAAUAUUAAUAAUGUUGCUAUGGCUACAGUACAAACUUUACCUAAAAUGUGGUCUUUAAAUAUAUGUAAAACUGUUUUUUAUGGCUCCUAUAAAUAUUUUCUUAAUAUUUCUA